GCAGUGCUAUCAGGAGCAAGCAGACUGCUGCCUAGCCUCUUGUCUCUCUCUCUCACACACACACACACACACAUACACACACACUCAUACACAUGCACAUAGCCUACACACAUACACACACACACACACACUCACACACACAUACAAACAGACAUAUGCACUGUAUGUUGAGGAUGAGUCUGGACGUGCCUCACAUUGUUGUCAGAUGCUGCUUGGCUUUGGAAUAGGAGUACCUUGAAACCAGGGGGAGAGGGCAUGUCUGUGAAGUUGCGGUUUGAGUUCCCUGCAGAGACCGGCAUGGUACAGAGGAGUCGCUCCUUCACCGGCUACGGCUCGGUGAGAGGCAGACGCAGGGCCCCCUCCGUGCGCAGUUCGCUCAGGACCAAAGCGCUGUCAGGGAAAUCUCCCAGGAUGACCAGCCGAAUCAACAGCAACAUCUGGGGUCAGCAGCCAGAGCAGGUGGACAAGAUCUUCCAGGCCCUACGGAAAGGUCUCAAGGAGUACCUAGAGUGCCAUCAGACGGAGCUGGACUUCCUGUCCUCCCAGCAGAGGGAUACUAAGAGGAACUCCAGACUGGCUUUCCUGUAUGAUUUAGAGAAGGAGAUCCGUGCUUUGGAGCGAUAUAUCAGAAGACUGGAGUUCCACAUCAGCAAGGUUGAGGAGCUGUACGAGUCGUACUGCAUCCAGUGGCGCUUGUGCAAGGGUGCCAUGAACAUGAAGAGGGCUUUCUCUCUCUCACCGUCCAGCCGUGCGUCCAGAGAGAGCCUGAUGGAGCUGAACCGGAGCCACCGAGUCAGUUUGGAGGACAUGUGUGUAGUCGAGGGGGAGCUGGAGAUUCUCCUGGGAGAGCUGCAAAUCAAAAUGAAAGGACUGAUAGGCUUUGCGAGACUCUGUCCAGGGGAUCAGUAUGAGGUGGUGAUCCGGCUGGGCAGGCAGCGCUGGCGGAUACGGGGGCGCAUCCAGGCCGACGACAGACAGCACUGGGAUGAGGAGGAGAUGAUUUUCCUCCCACACAUCCACGAGAACUUCGAGAUAAAGGUGACAGAAGCGAAGGGCUUGGGCUCCAGCUUGGUUGGCAUGGUUACGUGUAAAAGCGCAGACUUCUUCAUGGCCCGGCCUCAGCUGAUGGUUGUGGACAUUACAGAGCUGGGCACCAUCAAACUGCAGCUGGAGGUCAUAUGGAAUCCGUUUGACAGUGGAGAGAUGCGUCCCUUGGUGUCCUCUGCUAGCCGCCUGUCCCUGCCCAGCAGGAAGGGCUCGGUGUACAGCUGGACUCCGCCGAACACGCCCAGCUUCACGGAGAAGUACUUCAUUUCCAUGGUGCGGCAGAUGCAGGAUCAGGAAGGAGGCUCUUUCUCCUUGGGCUCCAGGGAGUCCAGAGGUGUGUCUCUGCUCAGCUACCUGUCCGACGCUUCGCCGGCCUUCGAGAGGGCCAGCCAGACGCACAUGAGCAAGCAGAGCUCGCUCCACCUCAACACGGACGACGACAUCUCCAAGAGCCUCCCCGAGGAAGGGGACGACGACGACGACGACGACAGCGUCUGGCGAAACGACGACCCGGACACGGGCCCGUCGAGCCCGGACGACACCGACCGGCGCGACUCCAUCCUCCUGUUCCAGCGCUCCAGCACGCCCGACAUCCUGCGGCAGAACGGAGGCGGCGGCGGCGGAGAGGUGCAGGUGACCCGGGCGCUGGGGCCGGCCGACGCGGAGAGCAGCCUGGACACCAGCCGGGACACGGACGCGGAGGUGGGCUCCCAGGUGGAGCCGCAGGUGUGCGGGGGUCUGGAGGAGCCCGAGGAGGAGCCGGAGGAGGAGCAGGCCCCGGCGCAGCCCGAGGUCAGCCCUGCCCAGAGGAAAGCCGUGGCCCAGCGGGUCAGCACCCUCCUGAGCGCCUUGUCCGCAGCCUUGGAGGAGGAGGGAUGCACAGAGACACAGCUGAGAGACCUGGGGAAGCAGAGCCGACACUUUCACAACGUCUUAAAAAGGGAUCUCAGAAUGUUUAAGACGUCCUCCACUGAAACGCUGGCGGUAGAGGAAGUCUUGGGGAGCUUCGACUUCCUGUCCACAGACUUUAACGCAGACGACAUCUCUUGCAUGGGCAGUGUGCGGCUCAAGGACACAGGGAUCAGCUCGUUUAAGGAGACCACACUGCGGAGCCUGGGGCUCUUGUCAGAGGAAGACUCCCCGCGGACCGAGCCGGAGAGCGGAGACGCCAUCCCGCUGAGCACCGGCAGCUUCGGUCUCGACCAGAGUCUAGAGACCCACCUGAGCAUCUGUGCUGUACUACUGAGGGCACUGAGGGGUUCUGAUUCUGACCUUGUGCGCAAGGACAUUCUGGAAGAGCUAUCAAGGCAACUGGAGGUGCUUGAAAAAAUUGGCAAGCUGUCCCUUGGGAAGAUAGAUGACUUCUCAGUACAAGACAUCCUCCCCGCUGGCGCCCAGAAGCAGAGGAGCCUGCAGGCCCUGUGGGAGGACUGCUCCGGCCCGGAGUCCCCCUUCUGCUGCUCCGCCGACACCUUCGCCAGGAGCCUCCGCAAGAGGUUCAUCCACAAGGUCAAAGCCAAGCAGCCGGGACAGUCAGACGCAGUGUUUCUGCAGCUGCUCCAGCAGAUUCAGGCCAGCUGCAGAAUGGUUCCCACCGUCCUGAUCAACACCGACCGCAUCACGGUCUUCCAGUUCUUCACUUACCUCAACAGAUGGGCUCUCACAGACUUUGGAGAGCACAUCUCGCGCCUCUCCAAAGAAGUGUACUUGCUGUCAGCCCUGGAGAGUCCUAAGAGGAGGAGAGCCCUUAAGAAGAUCCGGGGCAGACGCAUCGCCGAGCUGCAGCCUCUCGGCCGGACCUUGCGACUGGUAGCAGGGCUGCAGACAGACUCCAAUCAUAAGGUCGCCCAGGCCGCGGCCUCCUGCCUCUGCAGAAUGUAUGGCUUCAAGGCCUUAAGGGCAAAAGCUGUGGUUUAUUACACGGAGGUCCUGAAGGACAGUGACAUCCGAGUACAGAGGGCAGCCUGUCUGGCUCUGAAGUGCCUGAAGGCAACUGAGAGUGCAGAACAGGUGGCUGAACUGUGUCGCUUGACUGAUGAGGACCUUCGGAAUGCGGCCAAAGAGACCGUCCUAUCAUUCGGUAAGAAAGGAUACACUGCAUUUCAGCGGAUGGAGAAGAUUUGCUCCGAGUUACAGGAGGAUGCUUACCAGAAUUUGGAGACCGAAAUCACAAUAUUGUAAAGAGAGUAUAGAAUGUGGAUUAAAAUGAACCCUGGCUUGACAGCGUGUACAUACAAGCGUUCAAUACAUACAUGUUGUAUGGAGCAAUUCUGUUUUCACUACAGUUCACAGAAGAAAAAACAAAUAGACGUCAUUAUGGCGAUAGACUGUGAGUUGAAGCCAGAGAGCUGAAGCCAGUAAAUCUGCACAGACCAGUUGCAUAGCUGGGUCACAGAUCUGCUCACACCGUGUAAUUGCUUAGACAUUGGACAAAAUGGUGCUUGACUAAAUACAUUAGGUAUUUAUGACAUGGGUCAUCCGUCAUGGUUGUGAACAGAGAACUAUACAUGAUAAGUUAUAAUUGAGGUAUAUGGUAUGUGUCAUCCUUGAUGGUUUUGAAUGAAGUUAUAAUUAUAAGUACACACAUGUAUUAUGGACAAGUUUUUUGUACAUUAUAAAACUGAAAAAAGAAAAUAUUUAUAAAUAAAGCCUUUAUAUUUUACCCUUAUUAUUACACAUGUACACAAGAAACAACUGAAUAAAUGUAUAUAGUUUGGCGAAA